AAGAAGAAGAAGAAGAAGGAAGUUUGAAGCGUUCAGCGGGAGGUCGUGUUUCCACCCGGAUAAGAACCAGGAUCUGGACCAGAACCAAGGCCGGGGACCCGGAGCAGCGACCCCCGGACCUCAUGGAUCCCCUGCAGCGGCUCCUGGAGCUCCUGAAGCCGCGCAGCGAGGCGGAGUCCACCUGGAUAAAGACCCUCUUCACCUUCAUCACAGAACACCUGAGCCCCGUCACCUGUGGCCCCGCCCCUCCCGCUGCUGACGGCUCAGAGACAGACAUUUCCUCUCUACUCUGCUCCUCAGCUGUCUCCACAUGUGUCUCCAUGCUGAAUGUAUCUCCAGAUCUGUCUCCAGAUGUUUCUCCAGAUGUAUCUCCAGAUGUUUCUCCAUGCUGGAUGUAUCUCCACCUGCUCCUCUGUUCUCCGUUCCUGCUGUCUUCUGAUUGGUUCCUUCUCUCUACCUCAGCUCACCUGAUGACAUCACAGAUGUGUUGUGUUCCAGGUGAGGUCAGUGUGUUCCAGCUCAGCGUCAGUGUGGUGCACCAGAUCCAGGAGAGGAUGUGCAUCUCUCACUCCUUACCUGUCAGCUACAGGCUGCUGUCUGUCUCUGAGCUGGUCUCCCAGCAGCACCUGGCCUGCGUCAGCAACCUGUCCUGGAGCACCAAUCAGCAGCGAGUGUGGGCCAGGGAGGCGGAGCUAUCUGUGCCGGGUCAGCGAGCGCUGCCGAGGGUCAACCUGCUGCUGAUUGGCUGUCUGAGAGGGGGGCGGGGCGGAGAGUGGAGGCUGACGGACAGCAGCGGCAGCGUCAGGUGUGAGUGCCUGUCUCCCUCUCCUCUGUGGCUGAAUCGUCCCGUCUUCCUCCCUCAUUGGAACUACAUCCCCCAGAAUGCCUCGGGGCAGGAGGCUGGAGGCUGGGUGGAGCUGAUUGGUCCUCCUGUCCUGCUGUGUCCUUGUCCUGAGCAGGGAUUGGCUGCCUGUGUGGAGGCGGGGCUUAACAACGUUGUGGGAGUCAGAGAGGCUACAGGACUGCUGCUCCACAGGGUCAGGGGUCAGCGGCUGGCGGUGUGGGGGCAGGUGGGCUCAGUCUGCCCUCUGCUGGUGGUGGCAGGAUCUACCUUCUUCUGCUUCACUCUGACUGACCAAUCACAGUCCGUACCUGUCCUGGUCAAGGACAGCAGCAGGUUGUGCUGGUCUCAGUGUGUGUGUGUUGGACAGAGUGUGUGUGUGACGGCUCUGCGUGUGUGUGUCCUGCGAGGCUGGAGAGGAAACAACAUCCUGUGUGUGACGGAGUGCUCUGAACUACACACUGACAACACACACACACAGGAACACACACACACUGACUACACACUAACACACACCAACUACACACCAACACAUACACAGGAACACACACACACUGACUACACACCAACACACACACAGGAACACACACACACUGACUACACACACACACAGGAACACACACACACUGACUACACACUAACACACACCAACUACACACCAACACAUACACAGGAACACACACACACUGACUACACACCAACACACACACAGGAACACACACACACUGACUACACACACACACAGGAACACACACACACUGACUACACACCAACACACACUGACUACACACCAACACACACACAGGAACACACACCUGCUGGAAUGGCCACACCCCUGCUGAUGAUGUCACAUGGUGAUGAUGAUGGUGAGGAGGCGGAGCUUGGCGUCCAAUCAGGUGUGAGGAUGAAGCAGUCCAGAGUCAUCAGUUACCAGGGCACUGUGACUGAGGUGGUGAGUGAGGGGGCGGGGCUCUAUGUGCUCGACGGGAAGGUGGGUCUGUGUGUGGCCUAUCAGCCGACGGCGAGGAGGAAGCUGAGAGCAGGAGACCAGGUGGAGCUGCAUCACGUCCACUUCCUGUUCCGGCCCUGCCCAGACUUUCCUCCCAGCAUGCUUUGCUGCUGCCUCCGCUCCAGCCUGAAGGUCACGACCUUCAGCAGACUGGGAGAGGAGGGGCCUGUCCCCCGUUGUCCUGGAGACGGAGUGUUGCCACGGUUACUGCUGCAGGGACACAGGGGCGUGUCCGAGUACCUGUGGGCAUGUCACCUGAGCUCGCAGCUCAUGCACAGUCUGGUUCCAGGUGUGCUGAAGCAGCAGUGUGUCUGUCUGCUGUCCUGGAGGCUGAUGGAAACUCUGUGGGGACGAGGAGGACGAAGACGGAGAGACAUCUACUCAGAGAUGUUGGACGAGCCUCACACCUGUCCUCUGACACAGUACACUGUGGACUCUGCUGUCCCUCAGUACAUCAGUAUCUCGGAGCUCUGUCAGUCUCUACAGUUGGACAGCUGGUCUUCAGUGUCUCUGAGGUCUCUGCUGCCCCCUGAUGGACAGAGUCUGUCCUCGUCUGAGAUCAACGCCGCCCUGUCCUGGUCCUGCAGGACUCUGUCCUCUGAGUCAGCAGACGGUCUGAGCCUGGAAGCAGCGCCCCUGCUGCUGGUCGGUGUGUUGGAUUUUCCAUCUCAGAUGUCUGAACUCAGACAGACUCUACAGCUCAGAGACGCUACAGGAGGUUUGCCCUGCGUCACCACGGAAACCAGCGAGGACCACAGUAGAGGACAGAGAGCGUCCUACAACACCGCCUGGAUAGGAUGUCUGGUGUGUGUCCGACAGUUCACCAUGGUAACGGAGAGAUUCCUCCAAUCAGAGUUCCCCUCCUACCAACACCUGGACCAGGAGAAGUUCAUCACUGACAGACACACCAGAGUUUACCUGCAGUUUUCUCUGGACCACCUCCACAUCCUGAGUCCAUCUGUCGCCAUGGUAACUCACCUGAGGCAGAAGAGGGAGCAGUCAGCAGGUGAUGUCACAGCGAGGAAGAAGACUGCAGAUAGGAAGAGGAAAGAGAAGAAGACACAGUCCUCCCACUCUGCCUCCUCUGUUACCAUGACAACGAGCUCUGUGGGCGGCGGCUCCCGGCCCUGCGUCUCCAUGGUAAUCAGGGUGGAGCAGAAAGAGGGCGUGGCCUUGAGAAACACGGGGGUGGAUACAAAGGAGGAGGCGGGGCUGCCACUGUGCUUCUCAGCCAGAGCUGCUGUGAUUGGUCCAGUGGUCAGAUGGGGGCGGGACCCAAAGAAUGAACCAAUGACAGCCAGAGAGGCAGAGAGAGAGGAAGAGGACAAGGUGGUUCUGGUGUUCUCAGGUGCAUCUGCUCGAUGGUUUCCUGUCCUCCAUCCUGGAUGUUUCUACAGACUCAUUGCUGUUAACACUCAGGAUCCCAGUGUUUUCAUUGGCUGUGGAGUCUCUGGACAGAGUGGGGUGGAGCUCCAAACUGACUCCACCCUUCAGGUCACGUCUGAUUGGAGGCUCCACACUCUAACACGCCCACAGCUCCUGCACACCUGCAGACAGGUUCUCUCAUCCACGGUCCUUUCUGUCUCUGACGUUUUGGACAGCAGGACAGAGAUGGUGUGUUUCCAGGGCCUAGUGUCUGAGAGGAUCAGUGUGAGAGACAGGACCACCCACUGUGGAUACACAGGUGAACACUCAGGUGUGCGUCUCACGUUGUGUGACCAAAGUGGGAGGAGUCUCCAUGUGUACCUGGACUUAAGCCACACCCCCUACCCACCUGGACUGUUGCCUGGCAACACCUUGCUGCUGUCUGCUGUGCAGAAGAGGCAGUCCAGGACAGGAAGUGUGUACUGCAGGUUUCUACCUGUCAGCUCGAUAACCGUCGUCUCUCAGGGAGACACCAGCGUGGCCCCGCCCCCUCCUCCUGCUCCCAUCAUGCAUCUGGGUCCGUGGGCUCUGAGCUCAGAGCAGAAGUGCAUUGUGGGUCAGGUCAAAGGUCAUGUGGUGUGUUUCCUGUUCCUGCAGCUGCAGUGGAGCUGCUCACUGUGUGGCAGUGUGUACACACAGUCCUGCUGUUCUCUUCAGUGUCAUUCCACUUCAUCCGUCUUUCAGUCCAAAGCAAAGCUGGUGAUUGACGAUGGGACAGGUGAGGCUCACGUCUGGUUCUCAGGUGUGCUGGUUCGUCUUCUACUGGGAUUGGCUGAUUCUCAGUGGGAGGGGCUUGAGAGAGCGCUCAGGGUUAAAGGUCACAUCAGAGUCUAUCCCCGGGGGCGGAGCUUGGUGUGUGACGGUGACUCUGAUGAGUCUCUCUUUAACUUCCUGAUGUGUGCGUGCAGCAGUGAUGUUGUCUGUCGGCCGAUUUCCCUCACCUGCAGGAAGCACAGCUACCUUAGAACAGAAGAGGUCAGGAGGUUCAGUCGAGCAGACAGAGACUUCGUCACCACGUUGCUCCGCCCCCUGCAGCUCACCUGUCUACACCUGCACUGAUCCAGUCUACUGCCUGUUGUCAUGGCAACACCUGUGUCUAAGCCCCGCCCCUUAUCGUUGACCCAGCUGAAGCAGUGUACCCAGUCCUGUUUCUGAUCUGUGUCAUUGAUUAGGUAUUGGUCUGCAGUAAACUGAUGUUCUGAAGGAUCUGA